UUAUUACAAAUUGCCUAUAUCGUUCAUUCUCUUGUUUCUAGCUCCGUCAGCGUCAGUAUACUAUAGACAUCGUUUGUAUAUUUAUUUAUCUAUAUAAGUCACGUGUUAAACGUACUGUAACCUAAAUAAUUCUGUUUCGUAAAUAUUUAUAAAAGAAAUUAUAAAUGCUAAUGCCUAAUUAUGAAAGUUUUCAAGAAAUUUUGAUUAAUAGAGCAUUUAUUUGUGUGGAUCGGUGCAUGACCUAUGAAUAGAAAAAUUAACCUUAUCAAAGAAUGUUUGUGCGAUUACUAAUAAAAGCUAUAAUAAUAGUUUCAUAUUUAUUAUUAGAUUAGAAAUGGCUAAAGUAAUAGCAAAAGAAGAAAAUCAUUUCAAGGAUUCUUGGAUGAUAAGACCUUGCGAAAUAUACUUAGAUGAGUACAAAGAAUGCAAACAUUUGAGAUCUCGUUUUCAUCAAUAUUUCAUACAUGGUCAUAAGAUUGAUUGUUCUUCGUGGCAAAAGGAUUUUCACUAUUGCAAAAUAUGGGAAGAAAAUCAAUCGAAGGAAGCAUACGAAGCCCUAAUAACAAGCGAAAAUGAGCAUAGAAUGAAUAGAUUAAAAGGACACAUAGGAAAUAAGGUUUGGGAAAGAAGAAAUAAACCACCGGAGGAUUGGAAUUCUCCUUUACCCGAGUGGAUGGAAGAAAAAUUUAAAGAUUCUUAUUUAGAAAAGAUGAAGAACAAAGAAAUACAAGAAAAAAUAGAGUCGUUAAAAUACGAAGGACAAAUGUAA